AUGAGAGUGACAACAACAAAUCGAACAUCUAAACUUCAAACACCAACUAGAACUAAAACAUCAUCAACAACAAUACUUAAUGAACAAACAGGUCAUCUACAAAAUGGUACAACUAUUGUUUCACCAACGUCAUCCAAUAAUGGUACACUGCGUUUAAUCGAUUCAGGUGAUUAUUUAUCAACAGCAGUAUCACCACCACCACCACAACAACAACAACCGGUAACAACAUCAGCAAUGCUUCAAUUUUUACAACCAUCAUCUAAUGCAAUACAAAAUAUGCUUAUUCAACAAAUACUAACAAGUCCUGAACAGCAACGUCUUCUUGUUGAAAAAAUCAAUCAACAGUUAAGUGAACAAAUUCAACUUAAUCUUGUUCAACCAACAACAACAACGACAACAUCAAAUUCUGACGUUAUUAAACAAAUUCAAAAUCAAAUAGCAAAUCAACAGCUUCUUCUUCAACAAGUUUCUUCUAAACAACAACAACAGCAACAACAACAACAAAUUCCUAGUUUAUUUAGUAUUACAAAUUCAAAUGGUUCUAAUCAACCAACAACAGCUACUGUUCAAUAUUUAACAACAACAACACCAAACAAUUCAUCAACUAGUGAAUCUCCGUCAGUGAUUUCAAUAUCAACACGUCCUCAUCAUCAACCGACAACAAUCAACAUCACAGAUCUGCUAACAGCAGGUCGAACCAUUACCGGUUUAAAUAUAAUCGGAACAAAUAAUACUAUUCCAACUGAAGCUCGUAUUAUUAUGCCAACAGCAACUACAACAACAAUAAAUCGUUCAACACAACAAGAUUCAUCAAAUAAUCCAUUAUAUCAACGAAAUUAUUGUCGUUGGCCAAGUUGUGAUACAUUAUGUUCAUCUUUAAUGGAUUUUAAUCGACAUCUUAACGAUGAACAUUCACUUGAUGAUCGUUCUGUUGCUCAAGCACGUGUACAACAACAUGUUGUACAACAAUUAGAAGCAUUAUUAACACGUGAACGUGAAAUACUUCAAGCAAUGAUGAAACAUUUACAUGGUGGUAGUCAACCAAUAAAUUCAAAUGGUGCAUCAUCAUCAAAUCCAACAACAACAGCACAUGUUAUUACACAUCAACCAUCACGUACAUUAACAUCAUAUCAUAAUAAUCGUUCAACACAAUUAUCAUCACCAACAUCUUCAUCAACAAUACCAACAACAACAUUUCAACAUUUACCUAUUGUUAAAUUAGAAAAUGCUUAUUUAACAUCAACAGGUCUUGUUAAAAAAACAACACAAGAUCUUUCAUCAACAAAUAAUACAACUGCACAAACUAUAUUACGUGCUAGUGCAUCAAGUUCACCACCACCUGUUCAUACAGUUGAAGAAGAAGUUGGUGAUGAUACACAAGAUGAUGAUGAAGAUGAUGAUGAUGAUAUGGUUGAUACUAAUGGUAGUACAUCAACAUUAUCAAGAACUCAUGGAAAUAAUCUAUCGAUUGUUUCAAUGGGUUCGACUGGAAAACAUCAUCAAAUGAGUAGAAAAUCAAAAGGAAUGUUGGCAUUAGGUGGAAAAAAAGCUGGAAAAGGAAAAGAAUUAAAAAAUCGAGAUUAUUAUAUGACACAUGAUGUACGUCCACCAUUUACAUAUGCAACAUUAAUUCGUCAAGCUAUUAUUGAAUCUCCAGAUAAUCAAUUAACACUAAAUGAAGUUUAUAAAUGGUUCGAAGCACAAUUUCUUUAUUUUCGUAAAAAUGCACAGACAUGGAAAAAUGCUGUACGACAUAAUUUAUCAUUACAUAAAUGUUUUAUGCGUGUUGAAAAUAUAAAAGGUGCAGUAUGGACUGUAGAUGAAAAUGAAUUUUGUAAAAGACGUUUAACACGAGGAGCAGAAAAAGGAAAUAAUCAUAAUGAAUCAUCAUCAUCUUAUGGUCAUAAUACAUCUACUGGUGAUGAUCAAGCACUUUACUCGUAUCCAUUUGGUAUGGAAGAUGAUUAUAAAGAUUUUAAAGGUCUUUUAAAUUCUCAUAAUGUUGAAGAUGACGAUGAUGACAAUUCUACUAGUGUUAAUGGAAAUCAUGGUCAACAUAAUGAACAAUCAAGAGAUAUUAAUCAUAAUCAAUAUGAACAAACUGAUGAUGAUGAUGGACAAAAUGAUAUGAGUUUAACACAUGGAGAUGAUGAUCAAGUUGAUGAAUAA